AUGGGGGCUCUUGUAGCGCUUGCGGAGGACGAGGUAGGGCAAAGGACUCUGGAUGGCAUACCAGUCAGGGAAGAGGGAGUUGUUAGCGGCGGCGGUGGAGGCGGCACAAAGGAUGGUGAGGGCAGCGCGGAUCUUGGUGAUCCCGAGAGGAUUUGGAGUUGGUUCGGCGAUGGUGGUGCCACGGUGAUGGUUAUGGAGGUGAAGUUUGAUGAUGAUGGUGAUAGUCAUGAAGAACCAAAAUUGCUUGCAGUUGAUAUGCUUAUUGGUUGCAACUAUUUUACUCUGCCAAAUUGCUUGCAGUUGAUAUGCUUAUUGGUUCCAUGCUCAGACUCGAUAUGUGCUUCUGAGGUUCAAGGUGCAGCUACUGAAUGUUCUCAGGCUAAUCAGUGCAGCUAUACAUUUCAGUAUGGAGAUGGAAGUGGAACGACAGGAUAUUAUGUUUCUGAUGCAGUGUAUUUUGAUAUGAUCCUGGGACAGUCUUCACUUGCUAACUCUUCAGCGACUGUUGUUUUUGGGUGUAGCAACUAUUUGUCUGGAGAAUUGACUAAAUCAGAUAAAGCAGUUGAUGGAAUUAUUGGGUUUGGCCCUGGUCCUCUAUCUGUUGUAUCACAAUUGUCUUUGCGUGGUAUAACACCCAAAGUUUUCUCUCAUUGUUUAAAAGGAGAUGGCAAUGGAGGAGGCAUACUAGUUCUUGGUCAUAUUUUGGAUCUAAAUAUAGUUUAUACACCACUGCUUCCAUCACAACCUCAUUACAACGUAAACCUCCAGGGCAUUUCUAUCAAUGGACAACCCCUCUCCAAGCAAGCUAAUGAUAUACAAGUGAGAAACCUAGUGGAUACAUAA